AUGGCAGCAAAUGAUCUGACACAGCAAAAUCCAUCGUCAUCGUCACCUUUACAACAGCAAGCGCAAAUGGCAUUGCAGCAACAACUCGAUACUUCAACUGAUGCUGGUGGUACUAUUUCUGCAACAUCAACAACAAGCCCUAAUGGCUUGAAUGCUGAAUUGUUUCACUGCUUGACGCAGAAUUUAUUAGCAACAACGGCAGCAGGUACUAGCGGCCAAUCGCAAACAACUAAUGCCGCAGCUGGAGCUUCCGUUGCUGCUGCGUUUGGACUGUCCAUACCGGAUGUAUCGAUGAUGUACGGUAACGUCAACCUGUACAAUCUUUUCAAUCUUAACUUGCUAACCGAAUCACAACAAAGCCAGCAGCAGUCAUCAUCAUCUCUUCUGACUGAAUAUCUCAGGCAACGAACUGUGGAAGCCAGCGCUCGACAACAUCAACAACGGCAACAGCAGCGACAUCAGCGCACUUCGAAGGAAAAGAAGCGUAGCUAUCCCUGCAGUUUUCAGUGGUGUGAGUUAUGCUUGAGAGAAGUACACAGUUCGAAAUUGCCAUGUCACAUAAGGCAACAUCAUGUGGCGCAACCGAUGUUUAUAUGUCCACAAUGCAAAUUUAGCUCAAGUUAUUCAAAGAACAAUGUCAAAAGUCAUAUGUCAACAGUACAUGGAUUAACUGAAGAACCAAUUAGCCAUAUGGAAGAGUAUGCAGAUGAAGUGGAACAGUUAAUGAAACGAUGUUUUCCAACUGUUCGUGGUCGUGGUCGUCCGGUACACAGUAAUAUUCGACCAUCAACUGCUUCUUCAUCCUCAACAAUUAAUACGGAAUCUUGUAACAACUCAAGAUGGAAUAGCAUUAGCUCUGUAGCAUCAGCUAGUAAAAUCUCACAGACUCGAUAUACUCAUAGUUAUCGUCGCAGGAGUAUCAAACAUUCGGCACAUGAAAUGACUGCUCAUGACCAUUAUUCAUCGAUCAGCAAUAAACGGAUUAAAAAUGAAAAUGUUUAUCAGAACGAAUCGGAAGUAACCAUUGGUCAAGCGCCUAUUAAUAUUUCGGGUCAAAGUUCACCAAGCGAGGAGGAUUCAUCCAGCACUAGCAAUGUUCCACAUAAUAGUAUCAAAGGCUCUUACAAUAAAAAUAUCAGUUGCAGUAAUAAAACUAACAGUUAUUAUGGUUAUCAUAGUGGAACUAAUGGCUACAGUGAUAAGUGCACAUUGACUAACUAUCAAAAUGAAGCUGAUCAUAGUGAAACAAUUGCAAAUGAAAGUUCACCAAGUUCAUCAGAGCAUGUUAAUCAUGAUGCGGAAUUGGAGACAGAAUCAAAUGAUUCGAGUAUUCAAGAUUUUGAUGAGGAAGAACAACCAUUUGGACAUAUCGAUCAUAUUCAUCCUCGCUAUCUUCCACAAAAUGUCAACUGGUGGAUCCUGACUAAUGACCAACUCAAAGGGACUGUUUUUGAAAGUUUUCGACUAAAUGAAGUACUUCACAAAUUUCAACGACAACCAUGCAAGUUAGAUGGUAAAUUUUUUAUAACAGAAGAACAACUCAGACAGGUGCAGAAGGUUAGGCAACAACUAUCUGUUGAUUUGACAAAACUUCGUGAUGCACUUUACAACUUGGAUCUGAAUACCUUACCGAUAGAGCAGGUUGAUUUAAUUGCAAAUAUUGCACCAACUUCAAUGGAUGUGUUCUAUUUGUUGGAUUGUGAAAGUGCUAAUCCUACUGCGGUAGUUGGGGAAAAUGAACAAUUUCUAUUAAAGCUUGCAAAAAUCGAUCGGAUAGAAGAAAAGCUGCAUGCGAUGUCAUUUAUGGGACAUAUUAACAGUCGUGUCACGGAGAUCCUGAAAAGUUUUGAAGAUCUCACGAAUAUUAUGAAGACUUUGAAGAAAAAUCGUGGGUUUCGUGCUUUGUUACGUGUUGUUCUUGUCUUCAUGAAUUUUAUCAUUGGAGAUUUUACGGCUAGAACAAUUCGAGGCUUUAAGGCAUCAGAUCUUACAAAAAUAUGUGCCACUGAAGUAUGUAACUCACCAAAAACAACAUUGCUAAAUAUUGUAGCAUCGUCUACUAUUUCGGAAUUUCCUGAAGUUUGCGUCUUUCGUGAUACUCUUCCGGCACUAGAGAAAGCAUCACGAGUGAACUUCCAAGAACUUUCUGCAACAGUACGACGCUUCGAACGGGACUAUUUGCGAUUUGAUCUAGAAGCGAGCCGUUUAAAUAAUAAUGCCCAAAUGGCUGGAUAUAGAGAAGCAAUUAGAAAUAAAGUAAUGGAAGUGAAGAGUAGCUAUCGUGAAUGCAAGACUGGCCUCUGCAAAACGAUGCGUUUCUUUGGCGAAUUGGUAGAUGAAGAUAUUGGUCCCGAGAUUCCGGAAACAUUUUUCGCCAGUAUUGCUACUUUCUAUCGUCAGCUUCAACGGGCCUGGAUUGAUGUACAUCUACAUGGUAUCUCAAUGACCAGCACCAUUUGA